AUGAAAUUAGUCCGAAAUAAGUUUAAAAAAAUAUGAACAAAACAUCUCUUUACACCAAUAAACAAUUCUUUCAACCUUAAUUUGGCGAAAGAAAUGUUCAAACAUACAUAAAAGUCCGUUGUGGACGGGCUACACGCGGUCACCACGUCUUCCGCACACUUGUCGCGUCAUUUCACAUAUAUCAACUACAAGCGGCGACAUUUUUAGCGUGGAAGGCGCACAUUUAGCUACAUAAUGACACGCCAAUAAUUUUAGAUCGCGCGGUAUUUGUAUGAUACGGAGGCGUUUCGCGUCGGACUGUGGAGUUUAUGCCAGUAUUAUCAGUCGCGGUUUGCAAGCUUGUUGCGGUUAAUCUUACCGCUUUGUUUUACGAAAUAUUAAAUCCGAAUUUUAUAUGUGACUUAUGAACAGUGAAAUACGUUCUUUAUUUAACGUGUCUAUUAACAUUUAUAUCAGUAGAAAUGCCUAUAGUAUUCAGUGCAGUGAGUUAUGACAGGAACAUAGUUGCGAACUUUGCGUCCUGCGAUGGCAACUUUACGGAGAUAGCUGAGUGUGUGCUCUCUAAGUUGCCGCCUUGCAACAAUAAGAUGACAUACUCACAUGGAGUAUAUCUACUGCAUUACAUUGCUGAAGAUAAUUAUCUGUAUUUCUGCAUAACAGAUAAGCUAUGCCAGCGAUCCAGAGCAUUUCUGUUCCUCAACGAGAUACAACGAAGGUUCAUAACAAGCGAGCAAACCAAGGAAGACUUCACGACGGUAUUAGCCAACGAAAUGUAUCGAUACAGCGAAGAUUACAGCACUAUUGUCAUAAGAAAAGGGGAGUUGGAUGAACUUAAUAGUAUCGGCGUUGGAUGCAGUGAAAGUGUACUUGGAGAGAAGAUUUUAUACAUCAACAAUCCAGAUAUUAUCUCAUACAGCACUGUGACGCACGUGAGCGCUACUCCUGGACUUUUGUCGAUAUCAGGCGUAUGUCCGACUCCAGAAGGAAUUAGCGUUGCCAACUCGACUUCACAAAGAAUAUCUGUAAUCAAUCCUGACAUUUUGACAUCAGAAGAAGCAUCAGACACAACAAAAGAAGUCAGAACAAGUCUAACAACAGACAGAAUAUCAACUGCGCCUCUAAGUAAUGGAAAUACAUCUUCAUUAAGUCCCCUAACAGAAAAUGUACCAGUGAUCAGUCCCAGAUUAUACAUAGUAAUCAUAGGUAUGAUAAUGUUAGUUAUAGCUAUGUCUGUGUAUGCUUUAGGACCAAUAUCAUGUGUAGUUGUUACGGGUAUCGGAAUAUAUUCCUUGAUACGAUCUUAUGCUAAUUCUAAAGAUAAAUUGGAAUAGAUUGGAUUUGUAUGCGGAAAAAUAAAAUUGAUGAAACUACUGGGUGUAACAAAAGA